AUGCAAAGCGUAGCGGCAUUCACCACCACCGCGACGCGAGCGACGUCGAGCGCGUUCGCCUCCGGGAGCACUCGUCGUACUAAUACGACGACGAAGAAUAAGAACACCAACAUCAUCCCCGGCGAGAAGAAAAUUUCAACGACGGCGCAAUUAAGAAGAAGCAGCAAAACAAAGACAAAGAUAACAAAGACGAAGAUCAUCAGAUCUAUGUCGCCAAUGCCAGACGCGGACGAAGACGAAGGUUCGGUCCUCGAUUUACCGGAAGAAUACGUCCGCGCGGUGCCUUCGAGACGCCCGGAUAUCUUCCCGGAUUUGCAGGAAAUCAAACAGCCGAUGCCGAACCCUUUACCGGGAGAUCCGGAAAUGCCGGACGAGGAGGAAGAGGAACAGGAAAGGAAAGAAAACCCGGGAGAACCCGGAGAGGACGAGGAGGAAGACGAGAACGGGGAGAAAAUCACGAAGAAAGAGAGAAAGAGGAGAGAGAAGGAAAGAGAGAACGAGGAGUAA